GGCCAUCUGACAGAACCCACCCCUUUCUGAAGGAGAAUGUGGAGCCUGCAGCUGAAUCCUGAAAACCAGCCAUUUCCAGGAACUGAAACUGAAAGCUGCUCUGGCUGCAGGCCCCACCUCUCAGGAGAGGCUGCCAGGGCUCAUGCCUACAAAUGAGGAGUUGGAGCAAGGUCCAGAGUGGAGCAGGGUCUGGAGGAAACCCAGGAGCUCAGGCUGCCCUUCAGCUGCUCCCCUCCUCUAUGUGCUCUUCCCAGGAGGGCCCCUCACUGUGAUCUCUUCCUCCUGACCAUCCCGGGCCUGGAUUCCACUUUUAUAAGUUCUGGACCCCAACCCAGGAGAUGGUGAUGCCUACAUCCAGGGUUGCUCCAUUGCUCCCCAACAUGGAAGAGACAGUUGGGUUCCCCAAGGAUAAACAAUUUACAUACUUCUCUGAUCCUAUAUUCAUUCACAAAGACAGCAAUAUUUUAUCUGUAGAAGUUGUUGAGAAGAUUAAAACGGCUGUGGAAGGAAAGGAUUGGAUUGAAGUGGUCUCUAUAGUCAAGGAUAUCCAACAGAAAGUAUCAAUAAGCACAGUGAAAAUUGCUGUGACUGGAGACUCAGGCAAUGGCAUGUCAUCCUUCAUCAAUGCCCUUAGGCUCAUUGGACACGAGGAAGAGGAUUCAGCUCCCACUGGGGUGGUGAGGAUCACCAAGGAACCAGCCCAGUACUUCUCCUCCAAGUUUCCCAAUGUGGAGUUGUGGGACCUGCCUGGCACAGGGGUCACAGCCCAGAGCAUGGAGAACUACCUGGAGGAGAUGAAGUUAGACAAUUAUGACCUUGUCAUCAUCAUUGCUUCUGAGCAGUUCAGUUCAAAUCAUGUGAAGCUGGCUAAAGCCAUGCAGAGGAUGAGAAGGAGGUUCUAUGUUGUCUGGACAAAGCUGGACAGGGACCUCAGCUCAAGUCCCCUCUUAGAACCCCAGCUACUGCAGAGUAUCCAAAAGAAUAUCUGGGAGAACUUGCAGAAGGAGGGGGUGAAGGAGCCCCCCAUAUUCCUGGUAUCCAACAUUGACCCUUUAGCACAUGACUUCCAAAAGCUUAGGGAGAUGCUGCAAGAAGACAUCUUCAACAGCAGGAAGAAUGGCCUCUUAGAAACCCUUUUCCAUAUCUGUGAUAAGACUAUUAAUGAUAAAGUAGAAGCCAUUAAAAGGAGCAUAUAUGCAGAUAAUCUAAGCAAUGAUUUUGGAAUCAUGUGUCCAGAUAAUCUGAGAGAGUGUCAGAAAGUCUUCCAACAAUUCUUUGGUGUGGAUGACAAAACCCUCCAGCAGGUGGCUCUGAAUAUGAGACAGCCAGAUGCUUAUUACAUGGAUGCCAAGCAGUCCCAGGUUACACAGAUAUAUCCACAAGAUGGCUCGGCACUGUCUAGGGUGUAUGAUUCUGGAAUCCAACUUCUCUUUACAGGGUUUGACUCUGUCUAUUGCUGUUUUAAUUCUCGUCAUUAUAGACACACACAACAGAAACGUGUACUUGAUGAAGUUGCUGAGGAAACCAAGAAAAUUUUGAGGAAAAUCCUGAAAGACUUCAUUAUCCUUCCUUAGGAUGGCUAGACAACUGAGUUCCUCUCCCCAGCUGUAUCCCCUCCAUCUUCCCACCCUAUGAGUUCCAAGUUCCUUGAGGUCAUUAGGCCGACUUUUUUUUGAUGGGUGUUCCCCUUAGGAAACACCAUAAUAGAUUUUGCUUUGUGCCAUUUGUUUAAUUUUAUUAAUUGAACUAUCUUGGAUUCCAGUAGAGGAGACAUUAUGUUUUUCUAAUUGCACAGAAUUUUACACUUGCCACAUAGUCACCUUAGCACCUAUAUUGUUUCUCUUAGAGGCCUCUUGGUUUUCCCUGAUCUCUUUCCCCGCUCUUCCUCCCUUUCUAGGGAGGUAGAGCAUCCCUUCUGGAAUGAGGAAGAGCUUGCUUUUGCCCAUUGUCUGAAAGCAUGGCUAGUAGAGGCCUGUUCUCUGACCUCUCCUCCGAUGUGUCAAGGGAGGGGAAUUAGUCCCACUGAUAAUGGGAUUCACAAAGUUCUGUAUGAAAAAAUUCUAAGUCCCUGGCACUGCCCCCAACAGCAUCAUGUCUAGUCAUGGUCCCUCACACUCUGUGCACCUACAGUCUCCUAUUGGAUUUGAACUUCUUCAGCCAUCCCUAACUCUACAGGCCAAACCCCUGUCCAGACACAGGGGCCCUUCUCUGUCUCACAGGGAGGUUUCCAUUUCACUCAGUUUGUGUGUUUUUGUGUUUAUCUAGGACAGACACUGCUCUGUGUUCUGCCACAUCCAUUUCUCUCAAUCCUACUUUCAGUAGAUGUCAGAGUGUCGUCAGCUUAACUUUGUAACUGUCUAACCCCUGUUCCCUCCAUCCUUUCCUUUCAUAACACUAAAUAUUUUCCCACUUCCAACUGUUACCAAUGUCACAUCCCAGCAUGUCUGCUUUCUUGCCAUUUGUUCCAGGAUGGGGUUAUUUUUGCCUCAUAGUACAACCCAUCAUAGCUGAAAGUCAUCACAGUAGGAAAGCAGGGCAGCUGGUCACAUUGUGUCCACAAUCAGGAAGCAGAGAGAGAAAUGAAUACUGCUCCUCCUUUUCAUUCAGCCCAAGAUCCCAGCCCAUAGGAUGACACCAUUCACAUUCAGAGUGGGCCUUCCAGCCACAAUGAACCACCUCUAGAAACGCCAUCAUUGAUAUGCCCAGAGGUCUGUUUCAUAGUGAUUCUAGAUCCUGCCAAACUGACUUUCAAUAGUAACCACACAGGUACUGUGAUAGCAGAGGGGUAUAUUAGAGUUUUAUUGAUUUAUAGUGGGUAGAAGGUUGGGUGUGGCUCAGUAGUACAAUGCUUGCCUAGCACAUGGGAGGCUAUGGUUUUUAAACCCAGAAAGAAAUAAAAUAAGUUUGAGACAGAAAGAAAAUAUAAUUGUAUUUGUUGAGAAAAAUGCAUCAACUGUAUCAUCUUUCAGGCACAAGUACUUUGCAAAAAAUCAUCACUUAAAUGUAAAAGGGAGGCCUUCUUUAUAUGCUGGGGGUAAAGAUGGGAUGGACUAAGAAGUCUCAGUGGUGGUGGGAGGGCAGAGCUUUGUUCAACCUUAAUUCCAAUCCCACCUGCUCAUUCUUUUGUUAACAUAAUUCAAUCGACUCACAGGAAAGGUCUACAAAGAAAUCACAGAAGUCUUGUUGUCAUCCUGAUGAUGCUCAGAAGUCACUUUUGAGGUCAACUUUAUAGCACAGUUUUCAUUACAGUAUGUUCACUGUAAAAAAGCAAGCUUGCGAUUUAAAAGUCAUGUGGCUGCUGCUGCUAAACUCGUACAUGUCUGUCAGUGUUUGUCACAGGGAUUCUAACCUGGCUCCAACACUGAGAAAACUGACCUGACCUGCAGAUUAUGACUCACUGUUAGCCUGCUGGAAAGCAGGGUGUAAAUUCUAUGUCUUAGAACAUAGAUGUAGAGUUUUCUCCUUGUUAGUUGUAUAUACAUAUCUAUCGUUAUCCAGACACAGAAAUAUGUGUGCAUGCUACAUAUUCAUCAUACACGUAUAUUAUGUAUUGCAUAUAACAUACAUUAGUGUUUAUCAUAAAGAAAUAAAUAGUAUACUAUAUAAACAUG